UCGGAAUUAUUCCGUUUUCCCCAGAAAACAAUAGAAAUCUAAGGAAUAAUUGAAUAAUUCCGAUCGGAAUCCAUUCCGACUUUGUUCCACGAUAGGUACCCUGAUCUCCUUUCGAACUUCCCGCAAUCGCGCGGUCACGUGACUCGGGGCGCGCACGUGACGCAAGCGCAGAUGCGGCUGUGGCGGCGGCGGCGGCGGCGACGUACGGCGGUCGGUUAAAUGUCUCGUACGCACGUACGCGGUACGGUACGAGACUGUACGAGACGGCGAGCGGCGGGUGCGCUGGGUGAUGUAGCGUAGUCUGACGUAGUCUCGGGUUGUCGAUGCUGUGCGAAGCGUGCACGUAACGUUCUCCCUCUCUCUGUUCGCUUCACGGAGCGAGUGCGCUAUCGUUCCGACGUGACGGUGCGAUGAUCGUUUCCGCGGUCCACGACGAGUGAUUCAGUGCCCCGCGACGGCCACUCCGACACGGAUAUCACUUGGCCACACCACCGCUUGGAACCAUGACGGUUACGCGUGCUACCGAACGCGUCAUCGUGCAGGAAACGCAGCUUAUAUUCUUCUUAUCAGGUUUUUGAGACGAACCUAAGGACUCUGAGAUGGCCGCGAAAACGGACGACACGGCGUCUAUCGACAAUCCCAACGAUGGAGAGAGUCUAGACAAAGAGAUAUUAACAAUUGGUGGAAACGAUGGAGGAAGGAUUCCACCGACGUAUCUGUACAAUACGGGAUCAGAGCAGAGCACAGGAAUCUCGGACCAGGAACAAGCCGCUCGAAAUCGUACUCCAGCCACGGAGGAUCAAUUAGGUCCAUUACCACCUAAUUGGGAGAAGGCGUAUACGGACACGGGAGAAGUUUAUUUCAUAGACCACAAUACAGGCACGUCUCACUGGCUAGACCCGCGUCUGUCGAAAUUUCAAAAAAGGUCUCUGGAAGAAUGCCUUGAUGAUGAGUUACCCUACGGUUGGGAGAAAAUCGACGAUACUCUGUACGGGACGUACUUCAUCGAUCAUGUGAAUCGUAGGACUCAAUAUGAAAAUCCGGUGUUGCAAGCGAAAAGAGCGCAACAGAACAUGCUCGAGAGGAAGAGUCCUAACUUCACCAGAAAUCCCGACAAACUGAAGGGUCAGAGGAUACGAACUACCUUGAUAAAGAGUUCGCGGGGCCUGGGAUUCACCAUUGUCGGCGGUGACGAUACCGUGGAAGAAUUCCUCCAAAUUAAAAGUGUCGUGCCAAAUGGUCCAGCAUGGCUGGAUGGGAAGCUACAAACUGGGGACGUGUUAGUAUACGUUAAUGAUACCUGCGUGUUGGGAUUCACGCAUAAUGAGAUGGUAAAUGUAUUCAAGUCAAUUGGUAGUGGCGAGACGGUAUCUUUGGAGGUGUGUCGAGGUUACCCAUUGCCUUUCGAUCCUAAUGAUCCUAAUACAGAGGUUGUGACCACGAUCGCCGUCAACGCACCAGAAGAUCCCGCAAUGUACAUGGAUUUGAACUCGUCUCUCCCAGACAACGGACGUUUCAAUUUUCUCGAUUCCACGUUCUUGCCAGUGCAUAGCCUGCAAAACGGUGAGAAUCUCGCCACGACGUCCGUCAAUUCAAUGCCCGAUCUCUGUAUUUCGGACAAAAUCAACACGAUAAAAAGACCGAGUAGCACGGAUAUUUUGCUGUCGGAAAGCAGCGAUCUAAACGAUUGUAAGGAUCCGUCGGUGUCUUCCAAGCCAGAGUUUCUGAGCAUCGCUAUUGUAAAGGGAGCUAUGGGAUUCGGGUUUACGAUAGCGGAUUCUGCUCACGGCCAGAAAGUCAAGAAGAUUCUGGAUCGUCAGCGUUGUAAGAAUUUAAUGGAGGGCGAUAUUCUGGUCAACAUAAACGACAUCAACGUUAGAAACAUGUGCCACUCGGAGGUAGUGCAAGUGCUGAAAGAUUGCCCGCGCAGCGAGGAAGCGUUGAUACAUGUUCAGCGAACGACAACAAAGUCGAAAGAGAAAAAGGAGAAGAGCGCGCAAGACUUUUUCAGAAGUAAAACGCCCACCGCAGAUAUCUACAGCACUCAGUCGAAAACGGUAAUACCCAGCAGACCGAAAACACCGUUGAUCGACACAAGAAAUCGUCCCAAGUCACCAAUCAGCGCGAGCAGACCGAACUGGAACGAAGUGCAAGGCGAAAAUGAAUUGAAUCCACUGGAUAAUCAUUACAAGUACUCCGACUAUUCACACGGGAUGUACUACUCGGAUCCGUACAAAGCUAAUAUCACAGCCAACCUGUCGGACAAUUUCGCGGCGAUGAAUCUCGACGACGAUUCCAUCAGGAACGUUCCGAAGCGUGAUUGGGUGGCAAACGAUAAGUUGAAUAUCAAUAACGACAUGUAUUCUAUCGAUAUCUCGCAUCAUAAUAAUAUGCUCAAACAAAAUGGAUACAUGCACUCCGACUACUAUAAGGAUGUUUAUCCAGUUCAAUCGCAUUCCCAGUACAAUGAGGAUUAUACUAUGUAUUCCAUUGGACAAGAGCAGAAUGUUGACACUGGCGAGAUCUGGGAUAAGCGGAAAGAGACCACCAGCUUCGAACAUGAACAACCACAUUCCAGUUCUAUAUCUCGAUAUCCUCAAUACACGAACGAAUUGGUUUGUCCAAUGGUGCCCGAUAUAGAAUGGAUAGAAACUUUAGUGACUUUAGUGAGACAAGAUACAGGAUUUGGAUUUAGAAUAGUAGGUGGUACGGAAGAAGGAUCUCAGCAGGUUUCGGUCGGUCAUAUCGUUCCUGGUGGAGCGGCCGAUCUUGAUAACAGACUCAGUACUGGCGAUUUGAUCAUGUCCGUCGAUGGAGAGAGCGUCAUGAAUUCUUCGCAUCAUCAUGUAGUGCAACUAAUGAUAGCGGCAGCGCAAAACGGCCGAGUGACUCUGGGAAUACGACGUCGAAUCAAUACACAGGAGCACCUUCAAGAGAAUCUCCAGUCAUCUUACGGCCGACAGAUGAAUCUUCAAUAUCCGUACGAUGUUACUGUCACUCGAAUGGAAAACGAAGGAUUUGGUUUUGUGAUAAUCUCCUCCGUCAAUAAAGCCGGCUCCACGAUCGGCAGGAUAAUCGAAGGCUCGCCUGCUGAAAGAUGCGGAAGAUUAAACGUUGGAGAUCAUAUUCUCGCUGUCAAUCAUAUAGAUAUCACGAACGUUUGCCAUAAGGAUAUCGUCAAUUUGAUUAAAGAUUCUGGUUAUUCCGUUACAUUGACGAUCGGAUAUCCAUUAGACGAUUGUUGUAGCAAUACAUCUCUUUCUCAAAAGGACGAGCCUACAGGAGAUGGAGAUGGCGGUCAAUACCAUGCUGUAGAAUUAACUCGAGGCACUCGAGGUUUUGGCUUCAGCAUACGUGGUGGCCGUGAAUUUCAAAACAUGCCAUUAUUCGUCUUGCAAAUCGCAGAUAAUGGUCCAGCGUCUAUUGACAACCGACUUAGAAUUGGCGAUCAGAUAAUCGAAAUAAACGGUAUUAAUACCAAAAAUAUGACGCAUACAGAAGCGAUUGAAAUUAUACGUAACGGUGGACCAUCUGUCCGUCUGUUAGUACGACGUGGUUGCCAGAUGCCUUCAGUGAGUAAUCUCACAAUCGACCAAAUAAGUAUUCGACCGAACCACGAGGGCACCCCGUGCAGGCAUUUAUCGAAAUUACCCGAGAGGGGUGUGCCCUGCAAAAAACGUCAAAAAGUUCGAUUUUCCAUUUCAUUGAACUGCUGCUCAUCCAAAAACAGAUAUUUGUAAUAGGCGCUUUCAACGAGACGCUUUUUCACACUUUUCAGAUGAUAUGAGAUAUAAGCUAAGAUUUCAUAAGAUUAAGAUUUGUGUUUUUUUUAACGGAUAGAGCAAUUUUCACGGCAUUUAUGAAAUGCAUUUAAUCGUAGACUUCCUGUUUCCUCUUUUUUACCUUUGAACGAAAGCAAAUUGUUAAUUCAUACAAAUAGCGAAUAAUGUGAAUCAUAAAUGACUUAUAGUAACAUAUGUGAAAGUACAUAUGUGGAAAAUAGCGUAAUAUAAUGCGUCACAAGAGUGUAAAAUUACAGACACUAUCUAUUUGCUGACGCAAGCAGUAUCGAUACAUACAAAGAAUCUCAGAAUUCGAUAUCUUAUAUCACGUAGAGAUGAUACAGAGACAGCUGUAUAUUCAUACGCUGUAAAGUGAUAUUGUAGACUGGCGAAUAUAAUAUAAAUUUAUUAUUCUUCUGCUCUUCUCAAUAACGUUUCAAAGUUGUAGACUUUUAAAAUUUAGAUUCCUAUCAUAUAUAGACACCACUUUGUAAAUCUUUUUUAGAUAGCGACAUAAUUGUGGCCUUGACGAUAAAGUGUUACGCCUUUUGAUAAAAACACACAAAGAGAUCUCGCGUAAGAGAGGUAGUAAUUGUUUAAUUGUUCUCACGCGCGACUCUAUCAUUUCGGAUUAUUAUAAAAAUUUGAAAAUUCUAUCGAUGUCUCGUCUCCCCCUUUUUUCUUAAGUAUUUAUUAUCACUUAUAUGAAAUGUAUAUGUAUGUCAGAGUAAUUAUAUAUAAAAUUAAGGGCUCAUACAACCAAAGAAGUAAAUGCACUUAUCAGCCAUUUUGUUUUGCGAUUGAGUGGUGGAAGAUCAAUAUGAUAGAAUUUAUUAUUAUUGUAAUUAAUCGAAUCUCUCUUUUGGGCGACAAUUAUUCUUACGCCCGCAAUUAAUACGAUAUUUCUAUUGAUGUAUCAUGCAUAGCGAAAUUAUGAUAGAGAACGAAUCAGACAGAAGUUUUUUCUUCUUCACUCUUCCUGUCUUUUUUUUAUGUUUAUGAAAGUUACAUGUUUAAAAGAGUAACGUAUAUUUUUUUACUUGUAAAAUAGUGAGAGAUGGCAGAUGUUCGGCACGAUUAAUGAGAAAAAAAAUUAACUAGAUUGUAUUUUUAGAUCUCAGGAUUGACG